AUGACUUAUUUACCAACCAUUAUUAUCGUUGGAGGGCCAGCCGGUACAGGUAAAACCACAGCAGCUUCCAAUUUAGCUAAACACUAUAACUGUCCAUAUAUUGAAGGAGAUACAUUACAUCCUCAAGCCAAUAUCGAUAAAAUGUCUAAAGGUAUACCAUUAAAUGAUGACGAUAGAUGGGAUUGGUUAAUUAAAUUGACUCAAGUAACAGUUCAGGAAUGUCAAGCCAGUCAAAAUAAUAUGGCUAUAGUUACUUGUUCAAUUUUGAAAAAAGCCUACAGACAAUUAAUUGAAACCACCGGUAAACCUAUAGAUUUCAAAUUCGUUUUCCUUUUUGCUUCUUUUGAUGAGUUAGUUAAUAGAGUUGAAAAUAGAAAAAAUCAUUAUAUGAAAUCAGAUAUGGUAAAAUCACAAUAUGAAAUAAUGGAAGUCCCACAAGGAGAUGAAUUGGUUGUUAAUGGAGGUAAUUGUUUGACCAUUGAUACCACACAAAAAUCUAUGGAUGUCAUUUACAAAGAAAUUGUUGACAAUUUGAAUCUUUCGUAA